UCUCUGAUUUUUCCUCAAUAUAUAGAGUCCAUGGCUCCCAUCAAUUUGAUGCAGAAAGAAAGAUGGCCACAAAUCCCAGCAGCAGCGAGACGACAGUUAGCUUGAAGCUCCUCGUAGACAAAAGCUCAAACAAGGUGGUGUUUGCAGAGGCCGGAAAGGAAUUCGUGGACUUGCUCUUCGGACUUCUACAGGUUCCUCUCGGUUCCAUCAUCGGACUUCUUCGGGAUAAUGACUUGGUAGCUGGGUCAGGGUCCCUGUUCAGAGUCCAUGAGAGUAUCCAAAACCUUGACCCCUCCUAUCUUCUUCCAAACCAAACCAAGGAUUCUCUCUUGAACCCUAAACCAGCAUUCUCAUUCCAAUCUUCAACUCUUACUCCAUUGUUGCAAAAUUUCGUUUCACCUGAUCAAGAGAUCAGGGCUAGCUUUUCGCAGGCCUUUUCUCAGGCCAAUCCAUUUGGAUAUAUUACUUCGCAACCUCCAGUCCUUGAGAAAGGGUAUGUUAGAGGUGUGGUGACAUACAUGGUUAUGGAUGAUUUGACGGUGAAACCCAUGUCAACCAUUUCUAGCAUUACCCUUCUCAACUUAAACAUCAAAGACAUGGGUUCUGUCCAGGAGAAGAAGGUCGAGAUUAACAUUAAUAAGAGGUUGGAGCUGAUGAAGCUUUCACUCUACUCCACCACAGUCCUGACAGACCUUUUCCUCGGGCACAGGGAGUAAUCUUUCAAGCCAAUCCGAAGAAACGUGACUAUUUAGUAUGCAUGGGUAUGUCAUAUGUGUGUAAAAGUAAAGUAUUUUGCAAGGGAAAAUCUUCAACCAUUUAAAUGGUUUUGGGAAGAAAAAGAAGAAUUUCUGGGCUGUGUAUGUAACUAGAUCUGGGUUUUAGUAAAGAUAGUGCUAUAUAUUUCCUUUGAUUCUCCAUA